UACGGAGGGCGCAGAGUCCCGCCCACUUCGCUGGGGCAGGCCCGGAAGCAGGGUUGGGGAGGCUGUGCGUGUUUCCGGUUUGGGCGGAGGCCCGGCUGCCGAGGCUUGUGUGGAUUCCGGUGCUGUCGCGUCCCUGCUGGGAAGAUGUUCUAUCACAUCUCCCUGGAGCACGAGAUCCUGCUGCACCCGCGCUACUUCGGCCCCAACCUGCUCAACACGGUAAAGCAGAAGCUCUUCACCGAGGUGGAGGGGACCUGCACCGGCAAGUAUGGCUUUGUAAUUGCUGUCACCACCAUUGACAAUAUUGGUGCUGGUGUGAUCCAGCCAGGCCGAGGCUUUGUCCUUUAUCCGGUUAAGUACAAGGCCAUUGUUUUCCGGCCCUUUAAAGGGGAGGUCGUGGAUGCUGUCGUCACUCAAGUCAACAAGGUUGGGCUCUUCACAGAAAUUGGACCUAUGUCCUGCUUCAUCUCUCGACAUUCCAUCCCAUCAGAGAUGGAGUUUGACCCCAACUCCAACCCACCGUGCUACAAGACAAUGGACGAGGACAUUGUGAUUCAGCAGGACGAUGAGAUCCGCUUGAAGAUUGUGGGGACUCGUGUGGACAAGAAUGACAUUUUUGCUAUUGGCUCUCUGAUGGACGAUUACUUGGGGCUUGUGAGCUGAGUGCCAGGGCCCCCUGCUCUGUUUGGUCCUUAUCUAGGAGAUGUGAUGGUCACGCUCCUCAUGUUGUCCAGAGGCCCAGUCUGGCUGCUGUAGGGAGGCAAAGAAGGUUCCUUGUCCCCAGAAGAACAUCUGAUUCUUUGUGCUGCUUAGCAGCCACCCCCCCCAGAUUUUUGACUGUGCAUUCUAACCAUAAAAGGUCCUUUUUCUCA